CAGUGUGAAAGAUACGUGUAUCAUAGACGAGGUAUAUGAAUAUGUAUAUACCGGGCGGUUCAUUUUAAUUGUAUAAUUAGUAUUUAAAUACAUGAAUUUAUAGUUUAAAGACAUGUUUGAAAAAUAAUUUUGUUUCAUUGUGUUGUUUAUAUAAUUAUAUAAAAUGUAUGCAAAACCGAUUUUCUCUAAACCUGAAGACAGUAUGUGGCAAGAAGAUAAACCAGAUAUAGAAGCCCAUUCAUCUACACAAUUUGUAUAUAAUGCACAUCAUUCCCUUGCACUUAGCAUGCAACGUCAACGACUACCUACAUUUAAAUAUAAAAAUCAUAUUAUAUAUUUACUGGAAAAAUAUCAAACAUUAGUCUUGAUUGGUGAAACUGGAUGUGGAAAAAGUACACAAUUACCUCAGUAUCUUCUUGAAGCAGGAUGGUGCGCAGAUGGAAAAAUGAUUGGCAUCACGGAACCAAGAAGGGUUGCAGCUACUUCUUUAUCUAAUCGUGUUGCUGAUGAACGUAAUUGUAUUUUAGGCACCGAAGUUGGAUAUUCUAUUCGUUUCGAUAAUUAUACAGACGAAACGACAAAAAUCAAGUAUAUGACAGAAGGAAUUCUACUUCGUGAAUUAAUGAGUGAUCCUUUGCUAACAAGUUAUUCCGUAAUUGUGGUGGAUGAAGUACACGAAAGGACUCUUCUUACGGAUAUUAUUAUGGGACUUUUGAAGAAAAUAAUUCGGAAACGAAGGAGUUUGCGGAUUGUUGUUUGUUCCGCUACAGUCGAUGCGGAACAGCUCCGAGAUUUUUUCAAUAUAAAUACAACCAAAGAUUUAACGAAAGACACUGCAGUUAUACUUACUAUCGAAGGUAGACUUUAUCCAGUGGAUAUUUUCUACAUUAAAGAGCCAGUAGCUAAUUAUGUGACCAGUGUGGUAGAUACUGUUUUAAAAAUUCAUGAAAACGAAGAACCUGGUGAUAUUCUAGCGUUUCUUACGGGUUUGGACGAAGUAGAUCAAGCAGUUUCUCUUUUAUCAGAGCAUGCAAAACUUAUAAAGGAAGGCAAACUAAAACUUUUACCUCUCGCAAUGUACGGUUCUCUUCCGAACUCAGAACAACUGAAAGUAUUUUGGAGGGCUGCCAAAGACACUCGUAAAGUUAUCGUAGCCACGAACAUUGCAGAAACAUCCAUCACUAUUCCAAACAUUGUUUAUGUUAUCGAUUGUGGCUUUGUAAAAAUUCCAUGGUAUGAGGCUGAAACUCAAACAAAUUCACUCGUGAUUGUUCCUGUAUCCAAAGCAUCCGCAGACCAACGUGCUGGCCGAGCCGGUCGUGUUCAAACAGGAAAAGCAUAUAGAUUGUAUACAGAAGAAGCAUAUUCAGAACUAUUUGAGGCAACGCCACCAGAAAUGCAACGCUCGGAUCUGGCACCGGCGAUAUUGCAGUUGAAAGCUUUAGGAAUUGAUAAUGUAUUAAGAUUUAAUUUUCCUUCUGCUCCACCGAGCAAAAAUCUUCUUACUGGAUUAGAAUUACUUUAUGCAUUAGGAGCAAUUGAUAAUAAUGGAGAAUUAACAACGCCGUUAGGCAUAACAAUGGCAGAAAUGCCACUGGAACCUGUUUUGGCAAAAUCUCUUAUAGUAUCAGGCGAAAUGGGAUGUUCUGAAGAAUUAUCUACGAUUUUAGCUAUGCUUCAAGUGCAAAAUGUUUUUAUAAAACCAGCAGGAGGCCAAGCUGCUAUAAAGGCAAGAAUAACGCAUAGAAAAUUCGAAGUUGAAGAAGGAGAUUUAUUAACGUUACUAAAUGUAUAUACCGCUUAUGAAAAAAAUAAAACACCUAGUUGGUGUCAAAAACAGUUCCUCAAUAAUAAAGCUUUACGCAGAGCUACGGAAAUUCGAACGCAAAUGCACUCUAUGAUGAAGAAAUUAGAUAUAGCGUUGGUUUCGUGUAAUGGAAAUGUACAACAAAUUUUAAAAUGUAUAACCGCUGGACUUUUCCCGAAAGCGGCAUACUUACAUUACACUGGCGUAUAUAAAACAGUACGUGGAAAUAAGGAUUUGUUAUUGUUCUACGAAGUUUUGCAAACAAAUAAAACGUAUAUGAAGGAUAUAACUGUGAUACAACCAGAAUGGUUAUUAGAAUUAGCGCCACAUUUUUAUGAGAAGACAUCUCUCGAACCUAUUUAAUAUUUUGUAUAUACUUAAAAUAAUAAAGUAAGAAAAAAAAGAGAAUAA